AUGUCGGACGCACAGGAAAAGGCGCCGCCGAUCCCUCCUCAUCCUUCUGCGGGGACUGCCGAGGCAGACCGCGCUGAAGGCAGUGAUCACAAUGUCGAUUCCAACGCAGAAACCCUUCGUCCAGACGAGGCGCACCCGGAGCCCGAAACACUUUACCAGCGAUGUCGGGCAGCAGGCCGGCGGAUUCGCAAUCGCGCUGUCAUCAUAGCCGAGAUGCUCGGGCGACCACAUGAAAAAGGGGAUGGGUUGAAUUCGCCAAUGUUGCCAGACUACUAUGAAACACUAGACGAUAUCCGAGCAUACGAGGCCCGCCAGGCACUUGAUGAGGAAGCGCGCCUCCCGGGAACAGACUAUGAUUCACAAGCGCGCCUCUUGAUGGAACAAAUGGGGUCCCAGUCCAGGCUACGGCGUCCACACCAUAUCAAAGAACCGUGUUCCGGGUCGACAACGCCAGGAACGCCAGGGACUCCAGAUGAGUCGGCAGGACCUGGCAGUCCACCCGGAGGGCUCUUAUCACAUCUUCUCCGUGUAUACGCCGACAACCUCCACGCAGCCCGGCUGAGUAGUAUGUCUACAGCGUCAGAACCCAGCCCGGACGCAGAACCCAAACCGGACGCAGAACCCAUCGCAUUACCCGACACAACGACGGGUGAAAAGAAAGACAAGUCGAAAUGGUACAACCACCCCAACAAACCCUCCCACAACUAUGCUUCCUCCCUCGUCAAUGCAUCCAUGGAUUUGUGCCGGGUCGCGCUCCCCGGAGCCACGGGUCCCCCUCCCGCGACUCCCAACGAACGAAAGAAGGAAAACCGCAAGGGAAAGAAAAACAUCAAGCUCACCGUCCACAUUGCCGCCAUUCUCGCCCGCCAGCAGUACAUCAUGCAGCUGUGCCGCGCUCUAAUGAGAUACGGCGCCCCAACCCACCGCCUGGAAGAGUACAUGAUGAUGACAUCCAACGUACUAGACAUCAAAGCGCAGUUUAUGUACAUCCCCGGAUGCAUGUUCAUGUCCUUCGACGACCAGGUAACUCGCACCACCGAGGUAAAGAUCGUCCGCGUAGUGCAGGGGCUGGACCUCUCCCGUCUCGCGGAGGUACACAACGUCUACAAACACGUCGUCCACGACAUCAUCAGCGUGGAAAAAGCCAUCCACGAGCUAGACCAGAUCAUGCAGCGCAAACCGCGCUAUAACCGCUGGCUCCUCAUCCUCCUGACCGGCUUAGCCAGCGUCACCGUCGGCCCAUACUCCUUCAGCGCCCGCCCCAUCGACCUCCCUAUCAUCUUCAUGCUCGGCUGUCUAGUAGGCUUCAUGCAGUACGUCGUCGCGCCCAUCUCAGCGACCUACUCCAACGUGCUCGAAGUCACCGUCGCCAUCCUCGUCUCGUUCAUCUCGCGCGCGUUCGGCAGCAUCCAGCAUAACGGCGAGCGCGUCUUCUGCUUCUCCGCCAUGGUGCAGUCCUCCAUAGCAAUGAUCCUCCCAGGCUUCGCCGUGUUAAGCAGCAGUCUCGAGCUGCAGUCGCACCAGAUGAACGCGGGCUCGAUCCGCCUCGUCUUCACGAUUAUCUACUCGCUCUUCCUCGGGUACGGCGUUACCGUCGGCACGACCAUCUACGGGCUGAUGGACAAGAACGCCACGAACGAGGCGACGUGCUCGCAUCUGCCGGAGGUCUGGGGCAACGAAUACAUCCAGCACUUCCCCUUCGUCGCGCUGUUCUGUCUCUUCGCGGGGCUGAUCAAUCAGUCCAAGCCGAGACAGUUACCCGUGACUAUCUUCAUGGGUAUGUGCGGCUACAUCGCGAAUUACUUUAGCACGAAGAAGCUCGGCGCGAACCAGGUUGCUAAUACCGUGGGCGCGUUUACCAUUGGGCUUCUGGCUAAUCUGUAUAGUCGGGUGUGGCACGGCCAUGCGGCUGCUGCUAUUAUUCCGGGUAUAUUCACCCUCGUCCCGUCGGGUCUGGCGUCCAGUGGGUCGAUUAUCUCUGGCUUGCAGUAUGCCGAAGCUGUUGCGGCGGGUGAUGCUACUAAUAGUGCGGCAUCUAAUAGCUCGCUUACCGCGCUGGGAUACGGCAUGAUCCAGACGGCCAUUGGUAUUUCCGUCGGGCUGUUCAUCUCCGAUCUGAUUGUUUACCCGCAUGGAAAGAAGCGGAGUGGAAUUUUCAGUCUGUAG